CUUCCCCUUCUCUUCCCUCCACCUCCCCCCUAUUCCUAGUUCCUCGGUAUCCUCCACAGCCCCACCCCCAGGCUGGGGAACUUUUGCUUUCUGCUCAGCCCCCCAGCCCCCAUGACAUUUCUACCUUGGUCCUGGGCAGCUGGACUUCUGGCGAGGGCCCGCCAACCCCUCCUCUCCCAUCGACGUGCGAGUGCCCUUCAUCAGCAUCCAGGCCGUCAAAAUCUUCCUGGAGUCCAACGGCAUCCAGUACUCCACCAUGAUCGAGGACGUGCAGAUGCUGCUGGAUGAGGAACAAGAACAGAUGUUGGCCUUCCAGUCUCGUGCCCGCUCCACCGACACCUUCAGUUACGCUACCUACCAUAACCUGGACGAGAUCUACACCUUCAUGGACAUGCUGGUGGCCGAGAACCCCCAGCUCGUCAGUAAGAUUCAGAUCGGCAGCAGCUACGAGGGCCGGCCCAUCAACGUCCUCAAGUUCAGCACCGGGGGUACCAACCGCCCCGCCAUCUGGAUCGAUACUGGCAUCCACUCCCGCGAGUGGGUCACUCAGGCCAGCGGCAUCUGGUUUGCCAAGCAGAUCAGCGAGAGAAGUGACCCAGCCCUCAAUGCCAUCCUAGACACCAUGGACAUUUUCCUGGAGAUUGUGACCAACCCUGAUGGCUUUGCCUUCACCCACUCUAAGAACCGACUGUGGCGUAAGACCCGGUCAGUCAACGCUGGCUCAUCCUGCAUCGGGGUGGACCCCAACAGGAACUGGGACGCUGGCUUUGGAACGACCGGGUCGAGCAACAACCCGUGCUCGGAGACCUACCGAGGCAAGCACGCCAACUCCGAGGUGGAGGUCCAGUCCAUCGUGAACUUCGUGAAGGGCCAUGGGAACAUCAAGGCCUUCAUCUCCAUCCACAGCUACUCCCAGCUCCUCUUGUACCCCUACGGCUACACCAGCGUCCGGGCUGCUGACUAUAAGGAGCUGGAUGACCUGGCCAAGGCCUCGGUGACCGCCCUGGCUUCUCUCUAUGGGACCAAGUACCGAUAUGGCAGCAUCAUCACCACCAUCUUUGAACUCGUUCCUGAUGUAGCCGUUGUUUCUGUCACCUUGGAAGGAAAAAGCCCGAGGAAGCAGCCUCCUUCCCCGCUGGACUGGUUCUGCCCACAGGGGCUUGAGAGCCCCUGCAGAAAUGUCUGCGCUCUGGAGCCAGGUGAGCAUUUUGAUCUGAGGGAGUAUUCAUUCAUUCACCACACCUCCUGUACACUCCCCCAUCCCACUUAAAGCUUUCCUUGAGCCAGACUUUAAGUGUUAGGCUUGAACCCCCUCCACGAUGUAGGUGCUCCUUAAGAACCACCGACUCCUUGAAGACAGUGGCAGUAGAGGGCAGAGAUUAAUUCGGUUUACUUCGUUGGGACAGGAGUUGGCAAGCCUCGGCCUAUGUGGCAGGAAUACAUGUGUUUAUCCUGUCUGACUUACUAAUUUAGCUACUAUUAGAGGGUCACGCCAGGGCUCCCCGAUCUUCACUUCAUCCACCUUCCCCUCUAGACCAUCCAUCGGGGGCAGGGGCUUAGGAGUUGUGCUCAGAUUGCCAAGCUGUGAUAGCACCAGGAUAAGCGGCCCAGUGCUAGACACAACUUCGGAAAGCAUGCUGGUGCCUAUUUUAAGAUCUGAAUUCAACAGCUAACAUGCAACGUAGAGUACUCGCCCACCCCAAAUGAAGUGUAAAACAAACAAACAAAAAAUCACCUUAGGAGUGGGUCAACUACAAACCAAUGCUCACAGAAAAAGGAGGUGAGUCAGUGCCCUUGGCGAAGCAGAGAUAGAAGUGCACCAUCUGGAAUGGGGCAGCAGGAAGCAAGGCUGCUUCAUCUCCAGGGAUGAAGCGAAGGAAAAAUAAAUCAGCUGCUCACCACGCACACCCAGUGCUGUGAAACCUGGCCGAGGCAGACCAUGGCUGCAGAAAUCUGCUCCUCUUUUCUGACUGCCCUGCCAACACAAUCAGUAGCCAACAGCCAUUGUUGGCAGGUCUGUGGUUCUUCAAUCUUAAAAUGAUGAGAGAUUCAGUUCAACCAAAUGGGUUAGUUUUUGUGGUUUAUUGGAUUAACAGUUCAACCUGUUGAGAACAAACCAGUUGCUUCCUAUAAUUGAAUAUCAGGAAACCCAUCCCUCGACAAAUUCAACUUUUAAGUUUCAGAACACCCUGCCUUCAACAUAGAACAUAGGGCAUAUGCUACAUAGAACGUGGAAUCUCAGAUAUUUAAUUUGGUGUGACUUUGUUCCCACAGCUUGUGGGAACAAGGAGGAGGGUGUCGGAGGUGGUGGUAGUGGUGGAUCGGAGAGAGGGAGAGAAGGCACAAAUAGCCAUUAUUAGAAUGGAGCAGCAAGAUUGAACAGAGGGCUUCUUUGCUUUGGAAAGCUUGAAAACAAACCCACUCCCUUUCCCCCAUCUGUGUAGUAGGGUGAGGACACAUUUUUGCCUGAAGGAGGUCAGGGGCUCACCCAGCUGACCUCAAAGUCCCUUUCAGAAGCCUUGGCUGGAGCAAAAGUUGAGAAAAGUUGAGUUGUCCAAAGGGAAACAUG